AUGGCUGAGAUUUCAAGAUCCAACAGCAAGGUCAACUCGGAGAUCGAGACACCUACCGGCCCUGUCACUCGCAACCCCUCAGCAGACUCGAGAACGGCUGGCAACUCGAUCUUGACCACCAACACAUUCGACGAGCCGAAAUGGCCUACCGACUGGCGGGCUUACCGAUGCCUUUUUGGCGGAUUCCUUCUCAUGUUCAACUCCUGGGGUCUGGUCAACGCAUACGGCACUUUCUCAUCAUACUACACUCAGACCAUCCUCAGCGGACAAGACAUUCUCUUACUCAACCUCAUCGGUGCGACUGAAUGUUUCUUGGUCCUGAUCUUCUCUGGUGUAGUCGGGCGACUGCUCGAUGCGGACUACAGCCGCAUCUUGAUCACCAUUGGUACCGUCUUGACUGGCCUGAGCUUCUUCAUGUUGAGCAUUAUCGACAUCACCCACGACAGCCAGGAUCGACUCUACGGCCUGAUAUGGCUCACACAAGCAUUCACUGCUGGUUUGGGCAUGGCCUGCUUUUUCGUGACCUCAUCACAGGUCGUCGCAACAUGGUUCAAGAGGAAGAAGGGAUUGGCCAUCGGCAUCGUCGCAUCCGGUGCCAGUAUCUCGGGCCUGAUCUAUCCGUACAUGUUCCGAACGCUCCUAUCUGAAUUCGGAUUUAACCUUGCUGUGCGCUACGUCGCCAUCGUCAUCACCUGCACUUCCGGCUUGGCCAUCAUCUGCGCUGUUCCCAACCCCCACCACCCGAGGAACAACGCCCCUGAGAACCUUCGCGCUUGGUUCAAGCUUCGUCUCUAUCUCGACACCUCGGCCUUCAAAGAGCCCGCAUACGCCUUUUUCGUGGCUGCCAUCUGCUUCAUGUUCUUCGGCUUCUAUCCUAUCUUCUUCAACCUUGAAGAGUGGGCUGUCUCUGAGGGUUUCGGCUUCCGCGCUCUCGCCAACGUUGGCGACAACGCCGGCCUCCCCAGCAACCCAGCAGCUCACCAGAUCCACACUUACUGGCUGUUGGCCAUCAUGAAUGGCUCUUCUACUCUUGGCCGUAUCGGAUCCGCAUACCUCUGUGACAAGGUUGGCGCAUUGGUCGUUCACGGCAGUGUGAUGCUCAUCGCAUCUUUGCUUGUGCUGAUCUUGUGGCCAUUGGCGCAUCACUUACAAGCCGCCAUUGGUUUCGUCGUCGUCUUCGGUAUCUUCUCCGGUGCCGUCAUCGGUCUCCCUCCCGCUUCCGUUGCCUACAUCCUCGGACCAGACCCGCAACGGCAGAAGCGUCUGGGUCAGUGGACUGGCAUGAUGUACUGCUGCUCUGCCAUCUUCGCACUAUUCGGUCCCAUCAUUGCCGGCCACAUGAUCAGUGAAUUCAGCACAUUCCUGACUGUACAGCUCUGGAGCGGAGCUUGUCUUUUCCUCAGCUCGCUAUGCAUCUUCGCCGCGCUUUACUGCAGGAACAAGGCUGUGAACGCAGUUAAGCCCCAACUUUCCCGCUUCACUUCGCGGAGUGUCAGCGAGACUGAGCUGGAGAAGGACAAAGACGCCGAAGAAGUUUGA